CUCUCGCUCUCUCCUUCUCUCUCUAUCCUGUUCAUAAAAAAAAUCUUAAACAGAGGCCAAGAAAGUCCCAGAAUCUAUUUUUAAUAGAUAUAUAUACAUCCCUCUACAUUAGCCUUUUAUCAUCACCAAGAAUUGUCUACAACUAAAACUCUAAAGCUCAGUGCAAGUUUCUAUAAACUAGAAGCAAAUCCAAUGGCGCUCAGUCUUUUCGGUGGCCGAAGAAGCAACGUGUUCGACCCUUUCUCACUGGACAUCUGGGACCCAUUUGAGGGCUUCAGUGCUGUAGCCAGCGUUCCUCCCUCAGCUCGUGAAACCACAGCUUUUGCUACAGCACGCAUUGAUUGGAAGGAAACCCCAGAGGCUCACAUUUUCAAGGCUGAUCUUCCGGGUCUGAAGAAGGAGGAAGUGAAAGUUGAGGUUGAGGAUGGUAAUGUAUUGCAAAUAAGUGGGGAGAGGAGCAAAGAGCACGAGGAAAAGAAUGAGAAGUGGCACAGGGUUGAGAGGAGCUCUGGCAAGUUUAUGAGGAGGUUUAGGUUGCCAGAGAAUGCGAAGGUGGAUCAGGUGAAGGCUAAUAUGGAGAAUGGAGUGCUCACAGUGAUGGUGCCUAAGGAAGAGCAGAAGAAGCCUGCGGUCAAGGCUAUCGAGAUCUCUGGCUAAAUUUCAAGCUGUUUAAUUGUGGUGCUCUUUUGUGUUCUAUCUUUGUUAUGUUGAAUAAAAAAAGAAUGAGGAGUGUGGAUCAGUAUGGCAUGUUUUGUUUUUGUUUGCGUGUAUCUGUAAUGUAAGAGGCUCACUGCCUGUAUGGUCGACAAUAUUGUAAUGGUUUUUGUUAUAAAUAUAUGUGUGUAAGUUUCUGUAA